AAACCUCCCACUCCUCGGUCUGAUUCUGGGUUGUGAGGGGCCAGGGAGGGGAGGGGAGAGAGAGAGAGCGCGGAGAGAGAGCCUGGCUGGCUGGUUGAGCCCGCUCGUUGAGCAGCCUGAGGUUCGCAGGCUCCUGUGGGAACUGCUGCUUCUUCCAGGCCAGCCAGAGCUGUACUCACACCACCGCCUCUCACCCUCUCCUGCUUCCUGCUGCUCCCUAGAGAAACGUCCGUGGGCUCUCCGCGGCGAUAUUCCCAGCUGCAUGCCGUUAGAGCCAGGCGGCGCGCUCCCGCACGCUAGAGCGCCGGGCGCCAGCAGGACGCCCUCUCCUCUGUGCCCUCUUUCCCCUCUCCUCCCUGCUGCGACCGCUCCUCAGCCACCUCCACCCUCACCAGCUCCAGCUCAGAGAGACGCCACCCAGCCGCGGCGGGCGCUCGCCGCCCGGGGUCACGCACGGAAGAGGGGCGCGAGAUCUGACCCAGCGCUCGGUAGGGGGCGUCCUGCGGCGGAGAGUGAAAGGGCAGGUGGUAUUUAAAGGUGUGGGAGUCGCCCGCUCUGAAGCCCGCGAUUCUCACUUGAGCCAUCCCCGCCUAGCCCCACUCGGGCCAGCGCCUGGUGAGCUAGCCCAUCUGUGGCGUCGGCCGUCGUCUCCUCCUAGCACCUCCUCGCCGACCCCUCCCUCCGGGACCUGCAUCCCGCUCCGCCAAUCAACGCCCGACUGCCUCUUCCCACGUGAUCCCGGGCGGGCUAAGGACCUGCUGCUUCCCAAACGCCAGAGGGAUGCGGGCGGCAGAGCGCGAGAGGCGGCUGCUAGGCUGCUGGGCGCUUUGACUCUCCCUCCACCCAGCCCCCUUGGGCUCCUCUCCUCUUCCCUCUGGACUCCGGUCUCCUCCUGCUGCCCCGGCUUGCCAGAGCCCUCUGCUUAUGGCAGCAGCUUACCUCGUCUCCGGUGCGGCUUUUCGGUGCACGACCCUCUCGCUCCCGGGGCUGAGCCGGGUCACUGGAUGUUGCUGAAACUCUGGAGAUCAUGCGCGGGUUUGGCUGCUGCUUCCCCGUCAGGUGCCACUGCCGCCGCCGCCGCCUCUGCUGCCGCUGUCCGCGGGAUGCUCAGUAGCCCGCUGCCUGACCCCCGCGAUCCUGUGUUCUUCGGAAGCCGUUUGCUGCUGCAGAGUUGCGCGAACUAGUCAUGGUGCUGUGGGAGUCCCCGCGGCAGUGCAGCAGCUGGACACUUUGCGAGGGCUUUUGCUGGCUGCUGCUGCUGCCUGUAAUGCUACUUAUCGUAGCCCGCCCAGUGAAGCUCGCAGCUUUCCCUACCUCCUUAAGUGACUGCCAAACGCCCACCGGCUGGAACUGCUCUGGUUAUGAUGACAGAGAAAAUGAUCUCUUCCUCUGUGACACCAACACCUGUAAAUUUGAUGGGGAAUGUUUAAGAAUUGGAGACACUGUGACAUGCGUCUGUCAGUUCAAGUGCAACAGUGACUAUGUGCCUGUGUGUGGCUCCAAUGGGGAGAGCUACCAGAAUGAGUGUUACCUGCGGCAGGCUGCGUGCAAACAGCAGAGUGAGAUACUGGUGGUGUCUGAAGGAUCAUGUGCCACAGAUGCAGGAUCAGGAUCUGGAGAUGGAGUCCAUGAAGGCUCAGGAGAAACCAGUCAAAAGGAGACAUCCACCUGUGAUAUUUGCCAGUUUGGUGCAGAAUGUGAUGAAGACGCUGAGGAUGUCUGGUGUGUGUGCAACAUUGACUGUUCUCAAACCAACUUCAAUCCCCUCUGUGCUUCUGAUGGGAAAUCUUAUGAUAAUGCAUGUCAAAUCAAAGAAGCAUCAUGUCAGAAACAGGAGAAAAUCGAAGUCAUGUCGUUGGGUCGAUGUCAAGAUAACACAACUACAGCUACUAAAUCUGAAGAUGGGCAUUAUGCAAGAACAGAUUAUACAGAGAAUGCUAACAAAUUAGAAGAAAGCGCCAGAGAACACCACAUACCUUGCCCAGAACAUUACAAUGGCUUCUGCAUGCACGGCAAGUGUGAACAUUCUAUCAAUAUGCAGGAGCCAUCUUGCAGGUGUGAUGCUGGUUAUACUGGACAACACUGUGAAAAAAAGGACUACAGUGUACUAUACGUUGUUCCCGGCCCUGUCCGAUUUCAGUACGUCUUAAUCGCAGCUGUGAUUGGAACGAUUCAGAUUGCCGUCAUCUGUGUGGUGGUCCUCUGCAUCACCAGGAAAUGCCCCAGAAGCAACAGAAUUCACAGACAGAAGCAAAAUACAGGGCACUACAGUUCAGACAACACAACAAGAGCGUCCACGAGGUUAAUCUAAAGGGAGCAUGUUGCACAGUGGCCGGACUACCGAGAGCUUGGACUACACAAUACAGUAUUAUAGACAAAAGAAUAAGAUGAGAUCUACACAUGUUGCCUUGCAUUUGUGGUAAUCUACACCAAUGAAAACAUGUACUACAGCUAUAUUUGAUUAUGUAUGGAUAUAUUUGAAAUAGUAUACAUUGUCUUGAUGUUUUUUCUGUAAUGUAAAUAAACUAUUUAUAUCACACAAUAUAGUUUUUUCUUUCCCAUGUAUUUGUUAUAUAUAAUAAAUACUCAGUGAUGAGAAAAAAAUUGGCGUUCUUAAAUUUGCGGUAUUCCUAACUGUAAAUAUAAUCAAGCUAGUACAAUCUGUACAAGUACCAGUAUUUUAUCUUUCUCCACAUCCUGAGACAGAGCACUAGUUUAUACAGGACUCAGUGGCUAGGUUUUGAGUGAUUCCAAGAUCAAGGGAAACGAUGGUUAUUGGAAAAGAGAAAAAAUAGUUUAUAUCGAGUGAGGAAAAAAUAUUUCAGAUCUUUGAAUCAUCUCUAUUUUAUCAGCUUUCUUCCCUGGUCUUCCAUUUUCAUCCCCAGAGCAGAAAAAUCUCUGGCAUAUAAAUUAAAUCAAAGAAGAAGGGGAGGGAAAGUGCUUUAUAACUCAUAAAGGAGAGGGAAAGAAGAUAUUGGAUUUUAUUUGGGAAACAUCUUAGAAUCUCCCAGUUAAGUGCAUAUAUCUGAAAGGUCCUGAACAAGCUACAUAUUAGGAAUACACAGAGCACAAAAUCUAUUCCAUUUAGGUGAGUGGAAUUAACAACUAGGAAGAAAUUCUAAUAGCAUCAUUAAAUGGGUAACACCAAAUCAUGAAUUCUCAGAAGCACCUUGCUAUAUUUACAGUAUAUGGUUCUUUAAAAAGAAAUUAGAAUCACAAACAAAUACCUCAUGAAUAACUUCAUGGCUAAUGCAGCACCAUUAUUUGAAAUGGAACCAAGGUGAUAAUAUUUCAUGAAAUGUGCUUUAUAUAUAUGAUAAGAACGAAAAUGAAUCACAUAGCAUAUGAAAGACCUUGGUGGGAAAUCGAUAUAGAUUUCUGAACACACAAAUAUGCAUGAACACUUUGGAAAAAAAUAAACUGUAAAAAUUCUCAAAGAAUAAGAUGAAAGUAACAAAUCAAAUAAUUGCCUUAUUAUCAUUUAGUCCUUCAUAGCUUUCUGUGGCUAACAGAGUAAAUCUAAAUAAAAGUUUCUUUGUCUCCUUCAAA